AUGUCUGACGCCCAAGAACCCCCCACGGCGGAAUUGCCCACCCGUGCGAAAGACCCUCAGACCAAGGCUGAAAAGAAGAUGGCGGCGAAGGGCAAGCCUGAGAAGCCAAUUGGUAAAGCAGAGGCGAAGUUGCCUCAAGGCGGCAAAGGAGGCAAGAAAAAGAAGAUGGACGGGGCUGCUUUGAUCGGGAUCGAUGUGUCAAAGGAUGUCGACUUCUCCGAAUGGUAUCAACAAGUUUUGCUGAAGGGAGACAUGCUCGACUAUUAUGACAUUUCUGGAUGCUACAUCCUGAAGCCCGCUUCGCAAUUUAUCUGGGACGAAAUUCGAGCAUGGUUUGACGCGGAGAUCAAGAAGAUGGGCGUCAAGAACUGCUCAUUCCCCUUGUUUGUCUCAGAGGAUGUGUUGAACCGUGAAAAGGAGCAUAUUGAAGGGUUCGCUGCCGAGGUGGCUUGGGUGACCCAUGGCGGGAGUACGAAGCUUGACAAGAAGAUUGCCAUCCGUCCCACGUCCGAGACCGUUAUGUAUCCUUACUAUGCCAAGUGGAUUCAGAGCUACCGCGACCUGCCUCUCAAACUUAACCAGUGGAACUCGGUGGUGCGAUGGGAGUUCAAACAUCCUCAGCCGUUCCUACGAACUCGAGAAUUCCAUUGGCAAGAAGGACACACUGCUCACUUGACGGAGCCAGAGGCGGGCAAAGAAGUUCUCGAGAUCUUGGACUUGUACGCCACUGUCUACGAAAAGCUUUUGGCCGUCCCCGUCAUUAAGGGCCGAAAGACAGACAAGGAGAGGUUUGCGGGAGGCUUGUACACCACUACCGUGGAAGGCUACAUCCCGGCCACUGGACGGGGAAUCCAAGGAGGAACAUCGCAUUGCUUGGGGCAAAACUUCAGCAAAAUGUUCGGCAUCACAGUGCAAGACCCCAACGCAAAGACAGAAGAGGAGAAGAAGAACAGUCUCUUUGUCUGGCAGAACUCCUGGGGAUUGUCGACUCGAGUCAUCGGUGUGAUGGUCAUGAUCCAUGGAGACGAUCGGGGUUUGGUCCUCCCACCUCGCGUGGUCGAGGUGCAGGUUGUGAUUGUGCCAGUGGGAGUAACGGCAAAGAUGGCCGAGGAGGACAAGCAGACAUUGUAUAAGGAGAUCGAGGGAUUGAAGGAAGUGCUCAAAGCGGUCAAUGUCCGAGUUGAGGCUGAUUUCCGCGAGGGGUAUUCUCCGGGCUGGAAGUUCAACGACUGGGAGCUGAAAGGUGUUCCGCUUCGCCUCGAAUUCGGACCGGGUGAGAGCAAGGGCCAUUUUGUGACAGCUUCUCGACGAGAUCUUCCCAAGGAGGAGAGCAAGAGCCAAAUCGCCAUCAGCGAACUCAAUACUGCCGUUCCUCAACUGCUGGACACCAUUCAAAAGGAUCUCUACGAUCGCGCCAAUGCCAAAUACAAGUCGCACGUCAAGAAGAUCACCAACUGGGAGGAGUUUGUGCCGGCAUUGAACGACAAGAAUGUCAUCCUCUUGCCACAUUGCCUCACGGAGGAGUGCGAGGACCAGAUCAAGGAUAUGAGCGCGCGCACGGCGGAGGAACAGAGCGGCAUCCCACAAGACGAACGGGCUCCAAGCAUGGGAGCCAAGAGUCUGUGUAUUCCAUUCGACCAGCCUGAGGGCAUUGAGAAGGGGGUGACCAAGUGCGGGAAUCCCAAGUGCUCGAAACUGGCAGAGGCGUGGUGCAUGUUUGGACGGUCGUACUAG